AUGCCUUGUUGGCCUCUUGCUAAAAACAAACCUUUGCAACGUAAAUUAGUGGUGUUAGGUGAUGGCGCUUGUGGCAAGACGUCUUUAUUAAAUGUAUUCACAAGAGGUUAUUUUCCACAGGUUUAUGAACCAACGGUGUUUGAAAAUUAUGUGUAUGACAUAUGGAUUGAUAACCAACAAAUUGAAUUAUCGUUAUGGGAUACAGCAGGUCAAGAAGAAUUUGAUCGUCUUCGAACUCUAUCAUAUGCAGAUACACAUGUAGUAAUGAUGUGUUUUUCAGUUGAUAAUCGAGAUUCUUUAGAUAAUAUUGAUUCAAAAUGGAUGCAAGAAAUACUUGAACAUUGA